AUGAUAGCAAAAACAUUUGAAUGGGGAGUGUUUUAUAAGAUAGAUGUUGAUUCUUUUAGUCAUGAUUAUAAGAGUAUAGAAAAGACUAAAUCAAAACGAAAAGGAGGGACAAUUUCUGGAAUAUCAAGAAGAUUAGAUUAUUUAAAACAAUUAAAUAUUACUAGUGUUGUUUUAUCUGACUUUCCUUCUUAUUCUCAUAUUGACUUAAUAACUUCUCAAUUACACAAUCUUAAUAUCUCACUUUUCCUUUCAAUUAAUAAAAAUACAUUAAUCACACAUUCUCUCUUACAAACCCCAAUUGAUGGAUUUUUUAUUAAACAUCCUCUUCAAGCAAAAUCAUUUGUACAGAAAUUAAAACAGUCUUUUCAACAAGAAAAGAAACCGUUAUUAAUUGCUGAUGAAAAUUUACAUUCUUCUAAAGAACAUUUUCAAGAGAAUGUAUUUCUAAAAGCAUUAAAAUAUAUUCACGACCAUGGUUUUUCUUAUUUAACCCAAGAAGUAACACAAUUAUAUCUUUCAUUCUUUUAUGAUGGAAUUGUUGAUUAUUCAGGAAAUUUGAUUUGUCGUGACUAUGCAAAGGAAAAAGGAAUUUAUAAGUUUCUUCCAGAGUUUUUAGUAGGUCUCCAUUAUAAUUUCCAUACAUUACUCUAUCCAUCCAAUACAGUUCUUAUUACUCCAGUGUUUAGAGAUGAAAAGGCAAAAGAUGCAACAACUCUUAUAGCUCGUUAUAGUAGUCCAAUUAUGAUAGAAAUGGGAAUUGAAUUACAUCAAACAAAAGAAAAAGAACCUUUACGUUGGUCUUGGGCAGAAAAUAAAGAAAAAUCAAAAGAAGCAUUUUAUUACAACAUGAAAUUGUUUCAAACAAGAAAAGAUACUAAAGUUGGUGUUCCUACUAUUUUCACACAGAAAGAGGAGUUUAUUAUUGAUUAA